UGGACCGUUUUCAAACACACAGAAGAAACACAAUACUCAGUCAGGAUGUUCUGUGUUUCAGGGCUUGUUGUCUUUAUGCUGGUGCUGACGGCUGAGGCCAGAGUUGGGAACUCCUCUGAGUUGGAGUUCUGCACUGACACAAAGGAGUGCCUGCUGUACAAAGAACAAAUUUGUAAGAAUGACGAUUAUGAGGUGCGUCACUACGAAUCUGCAAAAUGGGCUUCAACCAACAUGACCACCACAUUUGAUUUGGCAGCAUUUUCUUGUUUCCAAUAUCUGUUUAAGUACAUCAGGGGAGAGAACGAUGGGGGGCAUAACAUUGAAAUGACAUCGCCCGUUGUGAUGACAAUACCUGAAGUCAAGUAUACAUUUCUGGGGAUAGGUAUGUACGAGAUGAGUUUCUUGCUGCCAUCUGAAUAUCAGAUGAAUCCCCCAAAGCCUACGGAUUUACGCGUGUACAUCAGCGAAACACCGGACAGGAAAGUGUACGUAAAGAACUACAGUGAAUUCUUCUGGAAAGACACUGACGAAAUGCACGCAAAUUCUCUGUCCAACAAACUUGAUUCAGUUGGUGCAAACUUCAAAAGACAAGCUCACCACGCCGCUGUGUAUAACUAUCCAUUUUCAAUGGAUAAAAAACACAACGAGGUGUGGUUUGUCGCUGAGGGGGAGCCGGUGUGUUUCAGUGAGGACUGAACUGCUGCAGCUGGACUUUGUGUCCUGUGACAACGAGGAUUCGGGAAAUGUAGAUGAUCUAUUCUAGAUGCACCAUAUUAAUCAUGACAUGGAGCCAAAUGUUCAAUAAAGUUCUGCUUAUUACAUCA